AUGGCUGACGACACAGAGACUAAGCAUGGAGGAAGCAAGAAUGGAAAGAAAGAAGGCCUCUCUGGAAGCUCAUUUUUCACCUGGUUUAUGGUAAUUGCUUUGCUGGGAGUUUGGACAUCAGUAGCAGUUGUCUGGUUUGAACUUGUAGAUUAUGAAGAAGUUCUAGCCAAAGCAAAGGAUUUCCGUUAUAACUUGUCAGAGGUCCUACAAGGCAAACUUGGGAUCUAUGAUGCCGAUGGAGAUGGAGAUUUUGAUGUGGAAGAUGCUAAAGUAUUGCUAGGUGAGGAACCAGGAGGGGUAGCCAAGAAAAAAACUAAAGUCAAAGUAAAAGAAGCAAUUAAAGAACCGCUCAAGAAAUUAAAGGAGAAACAGGAAUCCAAGAAGGAGGAAAUCAAAGAUGAGGAAGGAAAAAAGAAAGCCAGGAAAGGAAAAGAUGCUACUGAUCGAAAGGACAAGAAAGCUGUUGAUAUGAAUAAAUUAAAGAAAGAUUCUGACAAGGCUAAAAGAGACAGAGGAAAGGAAAAGGAAAAAAGCCUAGACAAAAAUGUGAAAUCCAAGGAGGCUACAAAAAAAUCAGCCAGUGAAAAAGAUGGCCUUAAAGAAAGAUCUGUCCCAGCACAGCCAACAUCACCAGAAUCUGAGGAGACCAUCCAGCCUGCUGAGAAGUCAUAUGUUGAAUCAGAGCACAAGAAUGCUGACAUAGAAUUGGAAGAGGAAAUUCGGUCUGUUCUUCAUGAAGCUCUCCAUUCCCAGCCUGAAAAUUCAAAAGUUCAGUCACCAAAUCCUAAAACUGCAGCCUCUUACCCCGAGGUUUUUGGCAGCGGAGAGAGACACGAAGAUGUAGAUGAAAGUAUAAAUGACCAGUGGCAAGUCAAGGAAGAAAUACAUGAAGAAACUUUUGAAGCUCCUACAACAGAUGACUUGCUCAGAGAAUUAGAGAAUGAAAUGCCAGAAGCAUAUGAGAUACCAGACUCAGUUCAGAAAGAUGCUGAUCUUUUGGCAGAUGAUCUUGGAGCAAUGGAGCCUGAACCAUAUGAAGCUCCAG